ACCAGCCCGAUUUCCUGGCCACCGUGGACCUCAACCCGCGCUCCUGCCACUACGGCCAGGUGAUCCACCGGCUGCCCAUGCCCAACCUCAAGGACGAGCUGCACUGCGCGGGCUGGGGCCCCGCCUGCGGCUGCUUCGACAGCGGCGCCGCGGCCAAAAGGACCAAGCUGGUCCUGCCCUGCCUCAUCUCCUCCCGCAUCUACGUGGUGGAUGUGGGCUCCCAGUGCCGGGCGCCUCGGAUCUGCAAGAUGAUCGAGCCCGUGGAUGUGUUCUGGAAGUGCGACAAGGGCUACCUGGCUGCCACCCACCCCCUGCCCAACGGGGAUGUCCUGAUCGCCAACAUGGGCGACCCCGCUGGCAACGGCAAAGGCGGUUUCCUGGUGCUGGACGGAGAGAGCUACGACCUGAAGGGCAACUGGGAGAACGAGUGUGAGACUCCCCCGACCGGCUGCGACUUCUGGUACAAGGCCCAGCACAACGUCCUGGUCAGCUCGGCCGGGCCGGUCCCCAAAGUGGCCGGGCGUGGCUUCAACCCCGAUGACCUCAAGAAAGGGGUCUUCGGCCGCCGCCUGAACGUGUGGAACUUGUCGUGCCGCAGCCUCACGCAGUGCUUCGACCUGGGCGAGGAUUCUCUGCCGCUGAACGUGCGCUUCCUGCACAGCCCCGAGGCCGCCGAGGCCUACGUGGGCUGCGCCCUGAGCGGGGCCAUCUUCCGCCUCUACAAAUCCUGCGAGGCGAACAACUGGGCCGUGGAGGAGGUGAUCCGGAUCCCGGCCAAGGACGUGUCGGGCUGGAUCAUGCCCAAGAUGCCAGCCUUCAUCGCCGACCUCGUCAUCAGCCCGGACGACCGGUUCCUGUACGUGAGCAAUUGGCUGCACGGGGACAUCCGGCAGUACGAGCUGGCCAGGAACUGCAAGCCCCGGCUGGUGGGGCAGGUGUUCGUGGGGGGCAGCAUCCUGCGAGGGGGCCCCGUGAGCGUGUGCAGGGACGAGGAGCUCAAGUGCCAGCCCGAGCCGCUGGUGGUCAAGUGCAAGCGCGUGUACGGCGGCCCCGCCUCGCUGCAGCUGAGCCUGGACGGGAAGCGGCUCUACGUGACCAACUCCUUGUACAGCACCUGGGACCGGCAGUUCUACCCCAGCCUGAUCAAGGAGGGCUCGGUGAUGCUGCAGCUGGACGUGGACACGGAGCGGGGCGGCCUGGCCGUGAACAAGAACUUCCUGGUGGAUUUCGGCAAGGAGCCGAACGGGCCGUGCUUGGCGCACGAGAUUCGCUUCCCCGGCGGCGACUCCAAAUCCGUGACCCUGCCCUGAGGGACCCCGGCAGCGCCGCUGUCCCCCCCCGGCAGCGCCGCUGUCCCCCCCCGGCAGCGCCGCCCCGGGCAAAGGGCGCCGGCGGCGGGACCGGGGCUCCCGGGGGGGUUCGGCCUUUGGGGUGCCCCGGGUGACGGGUUCGGUGUCCCCUGGGUGAUUCUGGGCUUUGGGAUCCCCUGCGGGAUUGCGGCUGUGCGGUGCGCCGGGGGAUUUCAGCAUUUGGGCUCCCCCGGGCCAUUCCCGGCCCUCCCUGUCCCUCUGUCCCUGUCCCUCUGUCCCCCUG